AUGUUGGAAGGUCUUGUAGCCUGGGUUCUCAAUACCUAUCUGGGGAAAUACGUCAAUAACCUGAACACUGAUCAGCUCUCUGUUGCACUUCUGAAAGGUGCUGUUGAGUUGGAAAACUUGCCGUUGAAGAAAGAUGCCUUGAAAGAGCUGGAAUUACCGUUUGAAGUCAAAGCUGGCUUGAUUGGGAAGGUGACUCUUCAGAUUCCCUUUUAUCGCCCCCACGUGGACCCUUGGGUGAUCUCCAUCUCCAGCCUUCACUUAAUUGGAGCCCCUGAAAAGCUAGAGGAUUUCGAUGAUGAGAAGGAGAAGCUCUUGGAGAGGGAGCGCAAGAAGGCUUUACUUCAAGCCCUGGAGGACAGAUGGAAGAAUGAACGCCAGCGGAAGGGGGAGUCCUACUGGUAUUCAGUCACUGCCUCAGUAGUUACGAGAAUUGUGGAGAAUAUCGAAUUAAAAAUUCAAGAUGUCCAUUUGCGCUUUGAAGAUGGUGUUACCAAUCCGUCCCAUCCUUUUGCAUUUGGCAUCUGUAUUAAGAAUGUGUCCAUGCAGAAUGCUGUGAAUGAGCCUGUACAGAAGUUAAUGCGGAAAAAACAACUAGAUGUGGCAGAGUUUAGCAUCUAUUGGGAUGUCGAUUGCACUUUAUUGGGGGAUUUGCCUCAGGUGGAGUUACAGGAGGCCAUGGACAAGAGCAUGGAGAGUCGCGAUCAUCACUACAUCCUGGAACCUGUGUGUGCAUCUGCUCUUUUGAAGAGAAAUUGCGCCAAAGAACCUCUGAGGUCGCGACACACCCCCCGUAUUGAAUGUGAUAUUCAUCUGGAGACCAUCCCCUUGAAACUGUCUCAGCUGCAACACCGGCAAAUCAUGGAAUUCCUCAAGGAGCUGGAACGGAAGGAGAGGCAGGUGAAGUUCCGAAAGUGGAAACCCAGAGUGGCUGUAUCGGAGAACUGCCGAGAAUGGUGGUAUUUCGCUUUGAAUGCUAACCUGAAUGAGAUCAGAGAGGAGAGGAAGCGCUGUACCUGGGACUUCUUGUUACACCGCGCCCGCGACGCUGUGUCUUACACCGACAAAUACUUCAGCAAGCUGAAAGGAGGCUUGCUGCCUGCGGACGACAAGGAGGAAAUGUGUCGGAUUGAAGAGGAACAGAGCUUUGAGGAGUUGAAGAUUUUGCGUGAACUGGUUCAUGAACGAUUUCACAAACAAGAAGAAUUGGCAGAGAGCCUACGAGAGCCUCAAUUUGAUUCUCCAGGCGACUCUCCUGGGGACCCAGAGCCCAGCGGAGGCAGCUGGAUGCUGCAGUACCUUCAGUCCUGGUUUCCUGGCUGGGGAGGCUGGUACGGGCAGCAGAGCCCUGAGGGGAGAGUGGUCGAGGGUCUUUCAGCAGAACAGCGUGAACAGUGGAACCCCGAGGAGAUCCUAGGCACUGAGGAGUUUUUUGACCCCACUGCCGACGCCUCCUGUGUGAACACAUAUACGAAGCGGGACCACAUCUUUGCCAGACUGAACUUGCAGCUACAGCGGGGCACUGUGACCUUGCUGCACCAGGAGCCGGGCGCCCUGCAGACGCAGGAGAGCGCGUUUAUGCAGCUCGAGUUUUCAGAUGUGAAACUACUAGCAGAGUCUCUUCCUCGAAGAAAUUCCUCCUUGCUCUCAGUCCGGUUGGGUGGACUGUUUCUUCGAGACCUGGCCACAGAAGGAACCGUGUUUCCCCUUCUGGUGUUCCCUAAUUCACAAAAAGAAGUUGGCAGAGUCUCACAGUCUUUUGGUCUCCAGACAACAUCCGCAGAGAGAAGUGAUCAGAAUCCUGCUGCGGACCCAGAUGACCCAGUUUUUGAGAUGCUGUAUGAGAGAAAUCCAGUGCACAGCCAUUUUGAGAGGCGGCUGAAUGUCAGCACGAGGCCCUUGAACAUCAUAUACAAUCCCCAGGCUAUUAAAAAAGUAGCAGACUUUUUCUACAAGGGAAAGGUUCAUACCUCAGGGUUUGGUUAUCAGUCUGAACUUGAGCUGAGAGUGGCAGAAACUGCCCGAAGACAGUAUAACAGGCUGAAGAUGCAGACCAAGGCGGAAAUCCGACAGACUCUCGACCGUCUGCUAGUGGGUGAUUUCAUCGAGGAAAGUAAAAGGUGGACCGUGCGACUAGAUAUUUCGGCCCCUCAGGUGAUAUUUCCUGAUGAUUUCAAAUUCAAGAAUCCCGUGUUAGUUGUCGUGGAUCUAGGGAGAAUGCUGUUGACAAAUUCCCAAGAUGACUCCAAGAGGAAAAGUGGGGAUGGGCCGGCAUCUGAAGAGAACCAGUUUAGUGAUGACGAAUAUAAGACACCUCUUGCCACACCUCCCAACACCCCACCUCCUGAGACAAGCAGCAGUAAUGGAGGGAAAACACCUCCAUUUCCUGGAGUUGAGUUCAGUGAAGAGCAGCUUCAAGCGCAUUUAAUGAGCACAAAGAUGUAUGAGAGGUACUCCCUCUCGUUUAUGGACCUCCAGAUCAUGGUUGGACGAGUGAAGGACAAUUGGAAGCAUGUCCAGGAUAUUGAUGUGGGACCAACCCAUGUGGUUGAGAAAUUCAACGUUCACCUACAGUUAGAACGUCGAUUGAUUUAUACUUCAGAUCCCAAGUACCCUGGAGCCGUGCUCUCGGGCAACCUACCAGACUUAAAAAUCCACAUCAAUGAAGAUAAAAUAUCUGCCCUGAAGAAUUGCUUUGCUCUCCUGACCACCCCAGAAACGAAGGCUUCUGACACUCAGUUUAAAGAGCAGAUUUUUCCCCAAGCGGGGCAGCGGGGAAGUUUGCAAGACUCGGUAAUGAAUUUAACCCAGAGCUUUGUGAUGUUAGAGCAGCAUACACGGGAGGUUCUGGUGGAAUCACAGCUCCUCCUGGCUGAAUUUAAAGUGAACUGUAUGCAGCUUGGUGUUGAGAGCAAUGGCCGGUACAUUUCCGUGCUCAAGGUGUUUGGGACCAAUGCUCACUUUGUGAAGAGGCCUUACGAUGCUGAGGUCUCCCUGACGGUUCACGGUUUGCUCCUGGUGGACACGAUGCAGACAUACGGUGCCGAUUUUGACCUUCUGAUGGCUUCGCAUAAGAACCUGAGCUUUGAUAUCCCAACAGGAAGCCUCCGGGAUAGCAGGGCCCAGUCCCCUGUGUCUGGACCCAAUGCGGUUCACCUCACUAAUGCUGCCACGCUGAACGACCCGUCAGCUACUGGUGUUGCCCUUGAGAAAAUUCUCACCAAAGAGCAGGAGUCCCUCAUUAAACUGGAAUAUCAGUUUGUGAGUUCAGAGUGCCCGUCGAUGAAUUUGGACAGCACUCUUCAGGUGAUUUCAUUACAGGUGAAUAAUUUGGAUAUUAUCCUAAACCCGGAGACCAUCGUGGAACUGAUUGGUUUUCUUCAAAAAUCUUUUCCCAAGGAAAAAGACGAUUUGAGUCCUCAGCCUUUAAUGACCGAUUUUGAAAGAAGCUUUAGGGAAGAAGGAACUUAUCAGUCUACGUACGAACAAAACACUGAGGUUGCAGUGGAGAUCCACAGGCUUAACUUACUGCUCGUUCGGACGGUGGGAAUGGCCAACGGCGAGAAACAUGGCAGAAAAAUCGCCACCGCGAGCAUUGGCGGCACCAAAGUGAACGUUUCAAUGGGCAGCACGUUUGACGUGAAUGGUUCUCUCGGCUGCUUGCAGCUUAUGGACCUGACACAAGAUAAUGUUAAGAACCAGUACGUUGUCAGCAUUGGGAAUUCCAUAGGCUAUGAAAAUAUCGUCAGCGAUAUUGGCUACUUUGAAUCUGUAUUUGUCAGAAUGGAAGAUGCAGCCCUCAGUGAAGCUUUGAGUUUCACAUUUGUUGAGAAAUCUAAACAGGAGUGUUUUCUCAACCUCAAGAUGGCUUCCUUGCAUUAUAACCACUCUGCCAAAUUCUUGAAGGAGUUGACAUUGUCCAUGGAUGAACUGGAGGAGAAUUUCCGAAGUAUGCUGAAAAGCGCAGCUACCAAAGUCACUACGGUACUCGCCACCAAGACGGCCGAAUACAGUGAGAUGGUGUCACUCUUUGAAACUCCAAGGAAGACUCGGGAAGCCUCCAUCUUUGAAGAAAAUGAAAUGUAUGGGUUUGGCCUCGCUGGGUCUCAUUCCGACACCGUGAAGCUAAUCUUGAACAUAAACAUCGAAUCCCCUGUUGUUUCAAUCCCUCGAAAGCCUGGGAGUCCUGAGUUGUUGGUGGGACACUUGGGACAGAUAUUCAUCCAGAAUUUUGUGUCGGGAGAUGAUGAAUCCAGAAGUGACCGCCUGCAGGUGGAAAUUAAAGACAUUAAGUUAUAUUCUUUGAAUUGCACCCAGUUGGCAGGCAGAGAGGGUCCUGGGUCCGAAGUCAGCCGGGCGUUUGGUUCUCCUUCUGGGUCUGCCAGUGCCAAUAGUCAAGAGGAAGCUCAUUUCACCCGACAUGAUUUCUUUGAAUCUUUGCAUAGAGGUCAAGCUUUUCACAUCCUGAACAAUACCACCAUUCAGUUUAAACUGGAGAAGAUCCCUAUAGAGAGAGAAUCUGAAUUGACUUUCUCCCUUAGUCCAGAUGACCUGGGAACUUCUAGCAUCAUGAAGAUUGAAGGGAAAUUUGUCAACCCAGUUCAGGUGGUGUUAGCAAAGCAUGUAUAUGAGCAGGUUUUACAGACACUGGACAAUCUUGUGUAUAGUGAAGAUCUGAAUAAGUUUCCAGUCACUGCUGCCUCCUCACCUUGCCCUAAUUCUCCUCUGCCUUCCCUCAGUACCUGUGGAGAACCUUCCAUUGAAAGGAAGGAGAAUGGAUUGUUCAGCCACUCCAGCCUUUCUAACUCUUCUCAAAAGUCCUUGUCUCUGAAGGAAGUCAAGUCCUUUACCCAGAUUCAAGCCAACUUUUGUAUCCCAGAGCUUCAAGUCCAGCUAAGUGGAGAUCUGACUUUGGGGGCCCAGGGUCUUGUGAGCUUAAAGUUUCAGGAUUUUGAGGUAGAAUUCAGUAAAGACCAUCCUCAGACUUUAUCCAUUCAGAUUGCCCUGCGCUCUCUGCUCAUGGAAGACUUACUGGAGAAGAAUCCGGAUUCCAAAUAUAAGAACCUGAUGGUGUCUCGGGGGGCCCCUAAGCCAUCUAGUUUAGCACAAAAAGAAUAUCUCUCUCAGUCCUGUCCUUCAGUAUCCAAUGUGGAGUAUCCUGAUAUGCCUCGGUCUCUCCCUUCCCACAUGGAAGAAGCUCCUAAUGUCUUCCAGCUGUAUCAGAGACCCACCUCGGCAUCCCGGAAGAAGCCAAAGGAAGUCCAAGACCAGGACUAUCCCUUGACUCCACCCCCUUCUCCAACAGUAGACGAGCCCAAGAUACUUGCUGGAAAGAGUAAAUUUGAUGAUUCUUUGGUACAUAUCAAUGUAUUCUUGGUGGAUAAGAAACAUCCAGAAUUCUCUUCCAGUUACAGUCGAGUUAACCGGAACAUUGAUGUUGAUUUUAACUGCUUGGAUGUACUGAUCACGCUGCAAACAUGGGUGGUGAUACUGGAUUUUUUUGGAAUUGGUUCCACUGCAGACAACCAUGCAAUGAAGGUACCUCCUGAGGACAUUCUACAAAAUGUGAAGUCAGAAUCAAAUGCUCUGGUAGAGUCUGAACUUCAGGAUCCAGUCAACACCAAGCUGGAUCUCAAGGUGCAUUCGCUCUCUCUCGUGCUGAAUAAGACCACCAGUGAGCUGGCUAAAGCGAGUGUGUCCAAAUUAGCGGCACACCUGGAAAUGAUUGAUGGAGACCUGGCCUUGCAGGGGAGCAUCGGGAGCCUGUCCCUAAGUGACCUUACAGCCCAUGGAGAAUUCUACAGAGAGCGGUUUACUACCAGUGGAGAAGAAGCACUCAUUUUCCAAACUUUUAAAUAUGGACGGCCCGACCCUCUGCUCCGGAGGGAACACGACAUUCGAGUGAGCCUCCAGAUGGCCUCCGUACAGUAUGUGCACACGCAGCGUUUUCAGGCGGAGGUGGUGGCCUUCAUUCAGCAUUUCACUCAGCUGCAAGAUGUCUUAGGACGCCAGCGAGCUGCUAUUGAGGGGCAGACGGUGAGAGAUCAAGCCCAGCGCUGUUCACGGGUUCUCCUGGAUAUUGAGGCGGGUGCUCCUGUUCUCCUUAUCCCUGAAAGUUCCAGAUCAAAUAAUCUAAUUGUAGCAAAUUUGGGGAAGCUGAAAGUCAAGAACAAGUUUCUCUUUGCUGGUUUUCCCGGGACCUUUUCCUUGCAGGAUAAGGAGUCUGUGCCUUCAGCUUCCCCAACGGGUACCCCCAAACACAGUUUGAGGAAAACGACGAGUGCAGAGGACCCGAAGGGAACCCAUUCCGAGGGGCUGUUUAUGAUGCCUCCUGCUGGAGUGAGUGCAGGCAGCCUGAGGAAUGAGUCUGUGCCGAGUACCUCGGCCAAGCAGCAAGGACAGCAAGCCACACCCUCCACCGGCCCGGUUCCUGGUAGUCCUGAAGACCACGUCUGCCUUCUGGAUUGCAUUGUCGUGGAUCUGCAAGACAUGGACAUCUUUGCCGCAGAGAGACGUCCACGAGAGUAUUCUAAGGCCUCAGACGACAGCAGUGGAGAUCUGAUCUUCCCUUCCUAUUUUGUGCGGCAGACGGGAGGGAGUCUCCUCACUGAGCCUUGUAGGCUGAAAUUGCAGGUGGAAAGGAAUUUGGACAAAGAAAUAAGUCACACUGUGCCAGACAUAUCUAUCCACGGCAACCUCUCCUCAGUCCACUGCUCCCUGGAUUUGUACAAAUACAAGCUGAUCCGUGGUUUAUUGGAGAACAACCUCGGUGAGCCCAUAGAGGAAUUUAUGCGGCCUUACGAUUUACAAGACCCAAGAAUUCACACUGUUCUCAGUGGAGAAGUGUACACGUGCAUGUGUUUCCUCAUCGAUAUGGUGAAUGUAAGUCUGGAGCUGAAAGAUCCGAAAGGAAAAGAAAGUGCUGGGUCCUUAGCCAGAUUUGACUUCAAGAAAUGUAAACUGCUCUAUGAAAGCUUUUCCAACCAAACCAAGUCCAUUAACUUGGUUUCCCAUUCCAUGAUGGCUUUUGACACCCGCUAUGCUGGGCAGAAGGCCAGUCCCGGCAUGACAAAUGUAUUCAGCUGUAUUUUUCAGCCUUCCAGGAACAGCAGCACUGCCCAGGGAUCCAUUCAGAUCGAACUACAUUUCAGAUCUACGAAAGACUCAUCCUGUUUUACGGUAGUCCUCAACAAUCUUCGCGUGUUCCUCAUAUUUGACUGGCUGCUGUUAGUCCAUGAUUUUCUCCACACUCCCAGCGAUACUAAGAAACAGACUAAUGUUACUCCUCGCCGCCACCGUAACUCUAGCAGUGAAUCUGCUGUCGUCCCCAAAACUGUGAAAAGUGGAGUAGUUACCAAGCGGUCUUCCCUUCCUGUGUCCACAGAAAGGCAUCUUGAGGUCAAGGUCAAUGUAACAGGCACGGAGUUUGUGGUUGUUGAAGAUGUGUCCUGCUUCGAUACCAAUGCCAUUAUUCUCAAAGGCACUACAGUGCUCACCUAUAAGCCCCGAUUUGUCGAUCGCCCCUUUUCAGGGAGUUUGUUUGGCAUCGAGGUGUUUUCAUGCCGACUAGGGAAUGAACAUGAUACAGCUCUUUCAAUUGUUGAUCCGGUUCAAAUUCAGGUGGAACUCGUGGGGAAUUCUUCUUAUCAGAACAGUUCAGGAUUGAUGGAUGCAUUCAAUAGUGAAGAUUUCCCACCGAUCUUAGAGAUUCAGUUACAGGCCCUGGAUAUCAGACUCUCCUAUAACGAUGUCCAGCUGUUUCUCGCCAUCGCCAAAUCCAUCCCAGAGCAAGCCCAUGCUGCCGGCCCCGACGCAGUGGCCUUGGAGGCCGGCUCCGUUAGCAGUCACGUUCCCGGAGCGCCUCGAGCCGGAGAGGAAGUCAGAGAAGGGACGAGACACACCCUAGAUCCCGUCUUGGAGUUACAGCUGGCUAGACUACAGGAGCUGGGAUUCAGCAUGGACGAUUGCCGCAAAGCCCUUCUGGUCUGUCAAGGCCAACUGAAAAAGGCAGCAAGUUGGUUGUUUAAGAAUGCUGAACCUCUGAAGUCUCUUUCCCUGGCUGCUGAUAGCCACGAGAGCCAGGGGCCUGUGGCAGCCCAGCUGAUCUCUGGGGUGGAGGUGAAAGCUGAGAGUGUGUGCAUCUGUUUCAUCGAUGACUGCAUGGACUGUGACGUUCCUCUGGCUGAGCUCACCUUUUCCCGCCUGAGUUUUCUGCAGCAUGUAAGGACUAGCCCUGAAGGGUACGCCCACUUCACCCUUUCUGGAGAUUAUUAUAACCGUGCUCUGUCAGGCUGGGAGCCAUUUAUUGAGCCAUGGCCAUGCUCUGUAUCCUGGCAACAACAGGCAGCUAGUCGUCUCCAUCCUCCUCGACUGAAGCUAGAAGCCAAGGCCAAACCCCGUUUGGAUAUCAACAUCACCUCUGUACUCAUUGACCAGUAUGUAAGUACCAAGGAAUCGUGGAUGGCAGAUUACUGUAAACAGGACAAGGAAAUAGACUCAACCACAUCAGAAGACUGGAUGGGCUCUUCAGUGGACCCUCCAUGCUUUGGACAAAGCCUCCCCCUUGUCUACCUUAGAACUAGGAGUACAGCCAGUCUGACUAACCUAGAGCACCAGAUCUAUGCUAGAGCAGAGGUGAAAACCCCCAAGCGCCGGCAGCCCUUUGUCCCUUUUGCUCUGAGGAAUCACACAGGCUGCACUUUGUGGUUUGCCACCCUGACCACCACACCCACCAGGGCUGCACUGUCGCACAGUGGGAGUCCAGGGCUCGUUCCAGAAGGGAAUGGAACGUUUCUUGAUGAUGCUCACAAUGUCAGCGAAUGGCGGGAAGUCCUCACGGGUGAAGAGAUGCCCUUUGAAUUUGAGGCAAGAGGAAAGCUAAGACACAGACACACCCACGACCUCCGGAUUCAUCAGCUGCAAGUGAGAGUGAACGGCUGGGAGCAAGUGAGCCCAGUGUCUGUGGACAAAGUCGGGACAUUUUUCCGCUAUGCAGCACCGGAUAAGAAUUCCUCUUCCUCUACGAUUGGCAGCCCAGGCAGCAGAACGAAUAUUAUUCAUCCCCAGGUUUAUUUCUCUUCGCUCCCGCCUGUCCGGGUGGUCUUCGCCGUGACGAUGGAAGGCAGUGCUCGGAAAGUCAUCACCGUCCGGUCUGCCCUCAUUGUGAAGAACAGGCUUGAGACACCAAUGGAACUAAGACUGGAUAGCCCGUCAGCUCCCGACAAGCCUGUGGUGCUGCCUGCCAUCAUGCCAGGGGAUUCGUUUGCUGUGCCUUUACAUCUCACUUCUUGGCGGCUACAGGCCCGGCCCAAGGGAUUGGGCGUAUUUUUCUGUAAGGCUCCUAUCCACUGGACCAAUGUAGUGAAGACUGCAGAGGUUAGCAGCAGCAAACGAGAGUGCCACUCUAUGGACUUGGACAAAAGCCGGUUCUUCAGGUUUUGUGUAGCCAUAAAGAAGGAGAAUUACCCAGAUUAUAUGCCCUCAAACAUAUUUUCUGACAGUGCAAAGCAGAUCUUCAGACAACCCGGGCAUACCAUAUAUCUCCUGCCAACUGUGGUCAUCUGCAACUUGUUACCUUGUGAACUUGAUUUUUAUGUUAAAGGAAUGCCAAUUAAUGGGACAUUGAAACCUGGCAAAGAGGUGGCCCUGCACACAGCUGACACAUCCCAGAACAUUGAAUUAGGGGUAUCGCUGGAGAACUUCCCACUCUGUAAAGAAUUGCUCAUUCCACCGGGAACCCAAAACUACAUGGUAAGAAUGCGACUCUACGACAUCAACCGGCGGCAGCUGAACCUCACCAUCCGGAUUGUGUGUCGAGCAGAAGGAUCCUUGAAGAUCUUCAUUUCUGCUCCAUAUUGGCUGAUUAACAAAACAGGGUUACCGCUGAUCUUCAGACAGGACAAUGCAAAGACAGACACUGCAGGCCAGUUCGAAGAGCAUGAGCUGGCCCGGAGCCUGAGCCCUCUCUUAUUCUGCUACGCGGACAAAGAGCAGCCCAACCUCUGCACGAUGCGAAUCGGAAGGGGGAUUCAUCCGGAAGGCAUGCCGGGCUGGUGUCAGGGCUUCUCACUGGAUGGCGGUAGUGGUGUCCGAGCUUUGAAAGUCAUCCAGCAAGGAAACCGCCCAGGGCUGAUCUAUAACAUUGGUAUUGAUGUCAAGAAAGGCCGAGGUCGAUAUAUUGACACCUGUAUGGUCAUCUUUGCCCCCCGGUACCUGUUAGAUAAUAAAUCAUCUCACAAGCUUGCAUUUGCACAGAGGGAAUUUGCCAGAGGACAGGGAACAGCCAAUCCUGAAGGUUACAUUUCCACCCUUCCUGGUUCCAGCGUGGUGUUCCAUUGGCCUCGGAAUGAUUAUGAUCAGCUCUUGUGUGUCAGAUUGAUGGAUGUUCCCAAUUGUAUUUGGUCUGGAGGGUUUGAAGUCAAUAAGAAUAAUUCUUUUCAUAUCAACAUGAGAGAUACUCUGGGAAAAUGCUUCUUCUUGCGUGUGGAAAUUACUCUUCGAGGAGCUACCUAUAGGAUCUCAUUUAGUGACACGGACCAGUUACCCCCUCCUUUCCGAAUUGACAACUUCUCUAAGGUUCCAGUUGUCUUUACUCAGCAUGGUGUAGCUGAACCCAGGCUCCGAACUGAAGUGAAGCCCAUGACUUCAUUGGAUUAUGCCUGGGAUGAACCCACCCUGCCUCCUUUUAUCACGCUGACCGUCAAAGGGGCAGGCUCCUCAGAGCUCAACUGCAACAUGAACGAUUUCCAGGAUAACCGACAGCUUUAUUAUGAAAACUUCAUUUACAUUGCUGCUACAUAUACAUUCUCUGGUUUACAGGAAGGGACAGGAAGGCCUGUGGCUUCCAGCAAGGCUACCACCUGUGCAGAGCUGGUCUUGGAUGUCUCACCAAAGACACAGAGAGUCAUUUUAAAGAAGAAGGAGCCCGGGAAGCGCUCCCAGCUGUGGAGGAUGACCGGCACGGGCAUGCUGGCCCACGAGGGGUCUUCGGUGCCCCACAACCCCAAUAAGCCCUCUGCGGCCCGCUCCCCCGAGGGUUCCGCCAUUUUAGACAUCGCUGGCCUUGCCGCAGUAACUGACAACAGAUAUGAGCCACUGAUGCUAAGAAAGCCUGAUCGCAGGCGAAGCACAACUCAGACGUGGAGUUUCCGAGAAGGAAAACUGACCUGUGGGUUACAUGGGUUGGUUGUCCAGGCCAAAGGAGGGCUUUCUGGUUUGUUUGACGGUGCUGAAGUUGUUCUUGGUCCUGAUACUUCCAUGGAGCUUUUGGGGCCAGUGCCACCUGAACAACAAUUUAUCAACCAAAAAAUGAGGCCCGGUUCUGGAAUGUUAUCCAUCAGAGUCAUCCCAGACGGACCGACUAGAGCCCUCCAGAUAACAGAUUUCUCCCAACGGAAAAGUGACCGUUCAUCAUAUGAAGUGGGUGAACUUCCUGUAACUGAACAAGAGGUACAGAAAUUGAAGAAUCCAGACACAGAGCAGGAAUUAGAAGUGCUUGUGAAGUUAGAAGGUGGAAUUGGGUUGUCCUUAAUUAAUAAAGCCCCAGAAGAACUGGUCUUUGCAAGUCUUACAGGAAUCAAUGUGCACUAUACACAGUUGGCAACCAGUCAUAUGCUCGAACUCAGCAUACAGGAUGUACAGGUGGACAAUCAGCUCAUUGGUACCACUCAGCCCUUCAUGCUCUAUGUGACUCCCCUGAGCAACGAGAAUGAGGUCAUUGAGACCGGCCCUGCCGUGCAAGUGAAUGCGGUGAAGUUCCCCAGUAAGAGCGCGCUGACCAACAUCUACAAGCAUCUGAUGAUCACGGCUCAGAGAUUCACAGUGCAAAUUGAGGAGAAACUGCUUCUCAAGCUGCUGAGUUUUUUUGGCUAUGAUCAAGCAGAAUCAGAGGUGGAAAAGUAUGAUGAAAACCUCCAUGAAAAGACUGCUGAGCAAGGUGGAACACCAAUUCGAUAUUACUUUGAAAAUCUCAAAAUCAGCAUUCCCCAGAUCAAGCUGAGUGUGUUCACCUCCAACAAGCUUCCAUUGGAUCUUAAGGCCUUAAAAAGCACGUUGGGAUUUCCACUGAUUCGGUUUGAGGAUGCUGUGAUUAAUCUGGAUCCAUUUACUCGGGUACAUCCCUAUGAGACCAAGGAGUUCAUCAUCAAUGAUAUCCUCAAACAUUUCCAGGAGGAACUCCUCAGCCAGGCAGCUCGGAUCCUGGGAUCAGUGGACUUUCUCGGCAAUCCCAUGGGGCUUUUGAAUGAUGUUUCCGAAGGGGUUACUGGACUGAUAAAGUAUGGAAAUGUCGGGGGCCUUAUCAGAAAUGUCACACAUGGCGUAUCAAACUCUGCUGCCAAGUUUGCGGGGACGCUGUCGGACGGCUUAGGGAAGACGAUGGACAAUCGGCAUCAGUCGGAGCGGGAGUACAUCAGAUACCACGCGGCCACGAGCGGGGAGCACCUCGUAGCCGGCAUCCACGGCCUGGCGCACGGUAUCAUUGGUGGAUUGACCAGUGUGAUAACCUCAACAGUGGAAGGAGUGAAAACAGAAGGGGGUGUCAGCGGUUUCAUAUCUGGCCUUGGGAAAGGACUCGUGGGCACUGUAACUAAGCCAGUGGCAGGCGCCCUGGAUUUUGCAUCAGAAACAGCCCAGGCGGUGAGAGACACAGCCACUCUCAGUGGCCCCAGGACUCAAGCCCAGAGGGUUCGCAAACCGCGCUGCUGCACCGGGCCCCAGGGGCUGCUGCCCCGCUAUUCUGAGAGCCAAGCAGAAGGGCAGGAGCAGCUCUUCAAACUGACAGACAACAUUCAGGACGAAUUCUUCAUAGCCGUGGAGAACAUCGACAGCUACUGUGUGCUCAUCUCCUCCAAAGCCGUUUACUUCCUGAAAAGUGGGGACUAUGUGGAUCGAGAGGCCAUCUUCCUGGAAGUCAAAUACGACGAUCUCUACCACUGCCUCGUCUCCAAGGACCACGGGAAGGUGUAUGUGCAGGUGACCAAGAAGGCAGUGAACUCAAGCAGUGGAGUGUCCAUCCCUGGCCCUUCCCACCAGAAGCCCAUGGUCCACGUGAAAUCGGAGGGCCUUGCCGUCAAGUUGUCACAAGAGAUAAACUAUGCAAAGAGCCUUUACUAUGAGCAGCAACUUAUGUUAAGACUCACUGAAAAUCAAGAGCGGUUGGAGCUGGACUCCUGA